CCUUUUAUUUUGAAAGCCGACCCCGCGUUGGUGUUUGAGGGCAGCUUGACGCGGACGGAGGCAGGACAACCUGUUGCGCGGCUAUCUUCAUUCACACUCAUCCCGGAGACUAGAGGAGCAAAGCCCGCGUGGAAUUGACACGGCGAGUGGCGGACUUCCCUCUCAUCACCCUUUUAGGCUUUUUUUUCGGCCGUCGUUUUUACUGAAGAAAGUUGCGUGGAUUCUAGCUUCCGGCUGCUCAGGAAGCGUGAAAAGGACUACAUUCCCUGGGAAAAGAUCACAUCGGCUACGACAAAGGGCAGUACAAGAGACAAAGAAAAUGCCUUGCGGCUGCCAGAAUGAUCCAGGAUUGCAAUGAAGACCUGACAUCUGCUCAUCCGUGUUUGGCGCGUUGAACGUACACGACACACUCACCGAAGGCUUGCAUAGACUUGUGUUGGAGAAGUGUGCACGACUGGACUCAAGACCUACACACAUACUCGUUCAAUCACUCUGGAGCUGAGGAAUUAAAACCAAGAGUAUGGUCCAGCGGUCCACCUCAGUCCGCCUGCUGGGAGGCCUUUUAGGCCUGUUUCUCCUCAUGCCCGUUCUGAUGGCCCCGACGCCCCCGAGCAUGUGCAUCCCUUUGAGGACCAUCAACGAGAGUCUCAGCCACAGGCGACGCUACAUGAAGCACAACUUCCCUGUCAAUUACACCAUCAGAGUUCACCACGAGGAGCUUUUUAAACUAUCAAACAUCAGCAAAAUGAAAUUACAGAUGGGCGAGUUAGAUGAAAUAAUCUUCCAGAGGCUGUGGUUCCUUGUUAACCAGGGCGUGUUAAAAAAGAUUAUUCGAGUGCUGCCAGAGAGACAUCCUUCCCGUCCUUACACUGCAGAGUUGGAGAGGCGAUUGAAAGACACGGAAGGAGUCUUUGUACAGUCGCAUCCUGCCAAGGUGUUCCAGCAGGAGCUUCCAGAUGCAAUCCAGGACAAAUGGGAUUGCUUAACAGAAGUGACACACAGAGUGCCAGAGACCAGCUGGAGGUUUGCCACUCCAAAAUCUCUUCUGGACAAUUUCUGUGAGACCAUGCACUGCCUCUUCAGUGACUGCUUUAAAGCCACAAAAAGCAUGGACUCCUUUUGUCGGAAAGGCAGGAAGAAAGCCCUGAGGGCUAAAAGCUGAAAGGAGGCCGGCAGGGCGAGGUGGUCCCUCUUCGUACUCAAGUAUUAUUUGCCUCGACCUUAAGGGGGCUAGAAGGACGAUCCAAAACGGACACGAAAACUUUUGGUUCUGAUUUGUGUACAUCAACAAGUCUUUUCCCAGAGCCAAUCUGGAUUAUUAUGAUCAAGGUACCUCAAGUUGCAUCAUUUGGCAGUAAUAGUGCUUCAGAGAAGUCAGCUUUAAAUUAAGGCUUUGGAAGAGAUUUGUUUUUGUUGACGUAUAGUAACUAGAUGAAUCCAUGAAUAUUAUAUGAAAUAACUUAUUUUGCUACGCUGUAAACCAGGGGUAGGGAACCUAUGGCUCUAGAGCCAGAUGUGGCUCUUUUGAUGACUACAUAUGGCUCUCAGAUAAUAUUUAUAUAGCGAUUUUCUCUAGUGACUUCAAGCGCUUUACAAAGUGACACCCAAUAUCUAAGUUCCAUUUAAACCAGUGUGGGUGGCAUUGGUGUAAGGUGUGUAAAAUGUCUUGCCCAAGGACACAACGGCAGUGAGUAGGAUGGCGGAAGCGGGAAUCGAACCUGGAACCCUCAGAUUGCUAGCACGGCCACUCUACCAACCGAGCUAUGCCGAGUAACCGUGUAAAACUCUUCCAUAUCAGUAGGUGGCAGUCGGUAGCUAAUUGCUUUGUAGAUGUGGGAAACAGCGGGAGGCAGAGUGCAGGUAAAAAGGUGUCUAAUGCUUAAACCAGGGUUAGGGAACCUAUGGCUCUGGAGCCGGAUGACUGCAUCAGGCUCUCAGAUAAAUCUUAGCUGACAUUGCUUAACACGAUAAGUAAUGAAUAAUUCUGCUGGUAAUCACAGUUUCAAAAAUAACGUUCAAAUUAUAAAACAUUCUCAUGCAUUUUAAACCAACCAUCCGUUUUCUACCGCACCUGUUCAAGAUGUCGCAUUAAUGGUAAGAAGUAUUAUAUGUAUUAUUGGUUAACUUUUAUAAUAACAAUGUUGUUAAAGAGAAUAAGAGACUUAUUAUACUCUACAAAUUUUGGUAAUACUUAAAAAUGCACAAAUUUAGUUGUAUUCAGUGUUGAAAAAUGUUAUAUGGCUCUUACGGGAAUACAUUGUGCUAUAUUUGGCUUUCGUGGCUCUCUCAGCCAAAAAGGUUCCCGACCCCUGCUGUAAACUGAGGGACAAGUUGCAACCUCCGUAAUCCUCCGCAAACGGUCAACCUCCCCCCAGGACAAUGCUUUCCCAGCCAAGUGUGGACUACAUUUGCACGACCUAUUGAACGAACUUCACUGAUAGCCACGUCGAUGAACUCAAGCUCUAAAGUCUAUUGCAGUGGUACCUCGGUUUUUGUCAGUACAGUCGUUCCUCGUCACCUCGCGCUUCAAAUAUUGCAGAUUCACGAUACAUACUUGGUCAUUUUGUCUACAGUUUUUGGAGUACUAAAUCAAACGUUUUCAAGUAUAAAAUAUGAUUAAAUAAACUAAACGGACGCGACAAAGUUGGUAGUAGGUAGGGAUUGAACCAGGAACCCUCAGGUUGCUGUCACGGCCACUCUCCCAACCGCGCCACGCCGUCCCCAUACUCACUUGGAAGUCUCCAAUCACAGCGGGAGUCAAGCGAGAAGGCUUUACCGACAACAACCGACAGCCUCAGGCAUUGUUACUAUUUUUGGAAUAAAAUAGUGUAAAAGUGACGAGAGGCUGUUACUUCAUGUCUGGAGGGUUCUUAUGUUAAAAAGUGUACCGUAUUUAUUGGACUAUAAGGCGCACUUAAAAUGCUUCCAUUUUCUCAAAAACCGACAGUGCGCCUAAUGUACUGCAUAAUUCUGGUUGUGUUUACUGACCUCGAAGCUAUGGUUUAAUACGUGUGAUCAGUAGAUGGCAGUCACACAUAAGACAUUAGCCGGUAAACGACACCAAAAACUUUAAAUGUUCCAUCGAGAAUAUUGAGCAUUACACACGGCGCUCAAAUCUCUGUCAAAAUGUUUUAGUACGACUUCGGUAAGCUAUGAAGCCUAACCGCUUGAUGGAUUGGCGGUAGAGAUGUCCGAUAAUAUCGGACUGCCGAUAUUAUCGGCCGAUAAACGCUUUAAAAUGUAAUAUCGUAAAUUAUCGAUAUCGGUUUCGGAAAGAAAAAUGUAUGACUUUUUUUAAAACGCCGCAGUUCGGAGUGGUACACGGACGUAGGGAGAAGUACAGAGCAGUUGCGUCUCCGAGUCAUACUUGCCAACCCUCCCGAUUUUACCCGGAGAUUCCCGAAUUUCAGUGCCAAUCCCGAAAAUCCCCCGGGGAAACCAUUCUCACGAAUUUCUCCCGAUUUCCACGCAGAAAACAAUAUUGGGGGCGUGCCUAGAAUCACAUAAACUCUACGGCUUUUAGCACACACAAGUAAAUGCGACGCAUACUUGGUCAACCGCCAUACAGGUCAGACUGAGGGUGGCCGUAUAAACAACUUUAACAUUGUUACAAAUAUGCACCACACUGUGAACCCACACCAAACAAGAAUGACAAACACAUUUCGGGAGAUCAUCCGCACCGUAACACAACAUAAACACAACAGAACAAAUAUCCAGAACCCAUUGCAGCACUAACUCUUCCGGGACGCGACAAUAUAGGCCCUGCCGCUACCUCCCGGGCGAGCAUGUCCCAAAUUCCAAGCUGCUGUUUUGAGGCAUGUUAAAAAAAAUAAUACACUUUGACUUCAAUAAUACAUAUGGCAGCGUCAUGUUGGCAUUUUUUUCCAUAACUUGAGUUGAUUUAUUUUGGAAAACCUUGUUGCAUUGUUUAAUGCCUCCAGCGGGGCAUCACAACAAAAUUAGGCAUAAUAAUGUGUUAAUUCCACGACCGUAUAUAUCGGUAUCGGUUGAUAUCGGAAUCGGUAAUUAAGAGUUGUACAAUAUCGGAAUAUCGGAUAUCGGAAAAAAAGCCAUUAUCAGACAUCUCCUAGUUAUUGAUUGAAGUAAAAUCUGAAUGUCAUUAAAACAGUUAGCUCCAUCUUUUGACACUUCUUCCACUCCCGUUCUUGCACGCUACACCGCUACAACAAAGAUGACGGGGAGAAGACGCCGUCGAAGGUGACCCACGUAAAUAAGACCGCCCACAAAACGGCGCAUUCCGGAAGCGACCGUCAGAAAGCGGCUUGAAGAUGAUCUGUAAAACAUCAUCUAUGCAACAUUUUGACCAAAGAACUACCAUUACAUUUUAUGUAGACCACAAGGAAGUGUUUUACAUUUAGAAAAAAAUCAUGGUAACACUUAAGUAUGGGGAACAUAUUCACCAUUAAUUAGUUGCUUAUUAAAGUAACAAAUACUUAAUUUACAUUUAUUUGGACACUAGGGGAACAACCAAGGGUUGGAAUUGGGGGUUAAAUCACCAAAAAUGAUUCCUGAGCUGCUGCUCACUGCUCCCCUCACCGCCCAGGGGGUGAUCAAGGGUGAUGGGUCAAAUGCAGAGAAUAAUUUCGCCACAUCUAGGGUGUGUGUGACAGUCAUUGGUACUUUAACUUUUUUUAACUUAAUAUAAGGGUUAGGGUUACUAAUAAGCAAUAAUUCUGAGGUUAUUAAAGGAAGACUCUUAGUCAAUGGCUUACUCGUUGUAUAAUAAGGCCAUGCAGAAUAAGGCAUUAAUAAGUGCUUAAUAAUGACUAAUUAAGAGCCAAUAUGUCACUAAUUUGCAUGUUAAUAAGCGACUAAUUAAUGGUGAAUGUUUUCCCCAUACUAAAGUGUUAUCAAAAUCAAAUUAUGAUCCCUUUAAUGCACUUUAUAAUCCGGUGCGCCUUAUGGGCCGAAAAAUACGGCAUUUAAAAGGUUGUAAACAGGUUUUUUUUAUGCUCUAGCUAUGAAAUAUUUGAUUUAUAAUGAAUUAUUCCUCCUUCGCAUUAAUACAUGUAUCGCUGUCAAGUCUGAAAUCAACAAGCAGCGAUAAAUGAGGGACGACUGUAAUCCAUUUCGAAGGGUCAUUUUUUCCAUAGGAAAUCAUAUAAAUCCUUUCAAUUGUUGUGUUCGGACCAGAUGUUCCUCCAAGGGAAUUUAAGUUACUGGUCAAUCCCAAGUUCUUUUGAUGACACAUAAACUGAGUUUCAAUGAUCACCCAGAUCAGAAUAGGUAUUUUGCAAUUUAUUCCAAAGCUUUGGAGAGACCAACCUAAAAACAACACAUUUUAAAUCGUGUCGCCAAGUUGAUCUGAAAUCCUUACGGAAGCGCUGUCUUCUUCAAUAUGUCCCUCGCCCCCACCCGGAAGGAACGAAUGCACAUGUCUAUUGUUCUCCUUAGCUGGGAACAGGAUGAGAUAAGAAGGGAGUAUUGAUACUCCUCACAUUCCUAAAGCCAAGGUUAACUUGCAGUGUACCAUGGACAUGAGAUUAAAAAAUAGAAUGAGUACAAAUGGAAAAGCCACACCGUUUGAUGGAUUGUCGGCCCAUUACGGCUACCGAGGUCAGAGAUACAAAUAUUACUAUGCUGUGUGUAUAAAGCCCGCAAAAUGGUACCCAUUAGCGCAGUGGUUCUCAAAUGGGGGUAAGCAUACCCCUGGGGGUACUUGAAGGUAUGCCAAGGGGUACGUGAGAUUUUAAAAAUAUUCUGACAAUAGCAACAAUUCAAAAAUCCUUUAUAAAUAUAUAUAUUGAAUAAUAUUAAAAAAAAAAUGAAUGUAAGUUCAUAAACUGAAAAGAAAUGCAAUAAUGCAAUAUUCAGUGUUGACAGCUAGAUUUUUUUUUUUGCGGACAUGUUCCAUAAAUAUUGUUUAUGUCUAAAAUAUAAUUUUUUUGUGAAGAAAUGUUUAGAAUGAAGUUGAUGAAUCCAGAUGGAUCUCUAUUACAAUCCCCAAAGAGGGCACUUUAAGUUGAUGAUUACUUCUAUGUGUAGAAAUCUUUAUUUAUAAUUGAAUCAAGUGUUUAUCUUUCAACAAGUUUUUAGUUAUUUAUACAUCUUUUUUUCCAAAUAGUUCAAGAAAGACCACUACAAAUGAGCAAUAUUUUGCACCGUUAUACAAUUUAAUAAAUCAGAAACUGAUGACAUAGUGCUGUAUUUUACUUCUUUAUCUCUUUUUUUUUUAACCAAAAAUGCUUUGCUCUGAUUAGGGGGUACCGUAUUUCCUUGAAUUGUCGCCGGGGCGCUAAUUAUUUUAAAACCUCUUAUCACUCCGGCGCAUGCGUUAAAUUUAGGCCUGCGCUUAUAAAUUUGAGUGUGAUGGAAGGUUACUACCAUCAUGAAAAGCACAUUUAAUAAAAAAAAAAAAACGUUAUUAUGGUCCUACCUUUACUUAUAAAUGAAGUCCAUGGUCAGCUCCUUCUGAUCAAAAGCAUCGAUAACUUGUUUAUAGAAGUCUUCCUUAUCUUUCUUCAGUUUUAAAAGUCUCUCUGUCUUGAUGGAGAUAUUCCUUUAUUACCUCCUGCUUCUAUUGAAAGUCCAGUUUAAAAAACUGUUUUAUUUUAGAUAUGUAAUCCUCCAUGUUAAAAGCGCAAGCGAGAGGAAAAAAUAAACGAUCGCUGCUCACUCUUGCUGCUUGUUGUCACUUCUUCUGCAGCCGAGUAGUCGCAAGAAGGAUCACUAGCGCCCUCUACUACCAGGAGGCGGGAGUCAUUUAAUGACUCAUAUUUGACACACGCAGCUACGGUAUAUUGAUAAAACAUAGCUGCUUACUGUUCUUUUUAGCAUAUUCAAUAGCUUGGACCUUAAAUCCUACUGAAUAGCUCUUAAUCUUCUUCCCUUUAUCCGAUUUCAAAUUAUUGAAAUCAGCCUCCUCCAUUUAGAAAAUAAUGACAGGUGAAGUGUCACUCGUGACGUGAUGAGUUUGACCCGGCGGAAAUUCCAGGCAUAUGCUAAUUAUUUGGCGAAACGAGUUUGACCCGGCGGAAAUUCUAGACAUGCGCUAAAAAAAAUUAUAUUUUGCGAAACGAGUUUGACCCGGCAGUAAUUCCAGGAAGGCGCAUGCUAUAUACCAGGCGGCAAGUCAAGGAAAUACGGUACUUGAAUUAAAAAAAUGUUCACAGGGGGUACAUCACUGAAAAAAGGUUGAGAACCACUGCAUUAGCGGACGUAUUAUCUGGCAAUUUGUUUCGCAAUAUACGCAAAACCAACUUUUCCUACCUUUUGGUACCUGCUGAUGUGUAUUUGGGAUCUGCGUAAGUCCUGAAAAUGUGCGCGCGUCCGCCACUGUAGUCUGUUAGAUGCCGUAGUCGAUAACAUUCUUCUUUGUCUCUAUCUUCUUGUUAAGGGACAUUCACCCUCUGCUGUUGCCAUUUGUAACAUAAAGUAGUGUAAUAGGACCCCUUUGGUGCGCCUUUUGUAUGAAAUUAGACCUGAAUGGACCCUCUCAUCGAUAACCAGGUGCGCCUUAUUGUCCGGAAAAUACGGUAGUUUGUUACAUUUGAUAACCGAGACAUUUUUAACAGCAAAUUAUUUCAAAAGUGGGGCGUACAAAAACCGAAGUACCACUCUGACUGACUUUAGGCUCCCAACCAUCCAAAUAUUUCAUCCUGCCAAAUUGGCCGUGCACAAAAAAAAAAGACUUGAGCACUGACAAGGAUAUACAAUUGGGUGAAUCUGUCCUGCUGUCAGGUUGUGGAAAAAAAACAAAACAUUUUUAAUCAGUGGAUGACAGAGACAUGUUUACAGUUGUUGUGCGUUGUCAGCGGGUUUAACAAAGUCAGUGUGUGGAUGAAUGACACGUUCAUCGCUGUGCACUGGUGAGCCGGCUGCAAUAUUUGGAACUUCUGCAUAACUUUGGAACUGUAAAGAGUAGUUUAACUGUUUCUAUUAGAGAUAUUAUACAUGUAUGUUUUAAAUUAUAUAUAUAUUUUUUUUCAAACAUAACAGUAUUUUCUGUUUUUUACCAGCUUUUCCUCUUUCGUUCACAGUAAACUGAUGCUGAUUGUAUUUAAAGCAUUCUAUGAUGACAUACAGACUUAAAAUAAUAUAAAAGUUUUAAUAAAAAUGUGAAAAAGAAAGUGAUAAAAGGCACAGUAUCAUAUUUGAAUUAAUAGGAUUUUUUUCUUACAUGUCAAUGAAUCGUGUAACAUUUAAAGCUGAAAUAUAUAUGUCUUAAAUAUAUGACACUUAUGCAAAGUAGUGUUAGAGAAACAUUUCACCUUGUACAAGACUGAACUUAAGUGGUUUUAAGGGAGAAAAAUUGUUUUAGGGGCUGUCACAAAAGUGUCCUUGGCCAAUUAAAUUAAAUGUAUCUUCAUGUGAAAAAAAACUAAAUAAAUAAUUAUAAAAGUAAAUACAGCCUAUAUAACGCUGACUUAAAAGUGAAUUAUUUAAUUCGGUUUUGAAACAUCCCUUAAAAAAAGAGCGAGGAUUAUCACUGUUUUAACAAUACACUUUUUGGGGGGAAGACCCGAUGUUAUGACAAUACAUGAAUGGAGAAUAAACAUGUCAUUUAUUAAGCAAAAAUAUUUCAAUAUUGGGAUGGAAAAAAACCUUGUAAUUCGAAGAGAAAAAAAAGAAUUUUAGGGGAUUUCAAGUUUCCUUCAUGUGUUUUUAUAUUCUUGAAAAUUAAUCCCGCUGUCAUUAGUCGAAGCUUUUCUUCCUGCGCUCCACAACAACAGUAAGAGUUAAAAAAAAAAGUCAUAGAAGAGACAAGCGGUCGAAAAUGGAUCGA